AAACCUAAAGACAAGUACAAAGCCCACCUGUGUACAUAUAUGAAUUGGUCCCGGCAGCUAGCCAGAAAAGAUAUGACUACGUUUUUGUUCACGUCGGAGUCAGUCGGAGAGGGUCAUCCGGAUAAGAUAUGCGAUCAGUUGUCCGACACAGUUUUGGACGAAUGUCUCAAACAGGACCGAAUGAGUCGGGUUGCUUGUGAGAGCGCUACGACCACCGGACUGGUUAUGAUAUUUGGGGAGAUAACCACUAACGCUAUCAUUGAUUACCAGCGUAUCAUCAGAGAGACUAUCAAGGAAAUCGGUUACGAUGACAGUGCUAAAGGAUUCGACUACAAGACAUGUGGCGUGAUGAUAGCAGUUGGUCAGCAGUCCCAGGAGAUUGGACAGAGUGUAACCAACGCCACUGACGAUGACGCUGAACAGGGCGCCGGAGAUCAGGGUCUGAUGUUUGGAUACGCUACAGACGAAACAGAAGAGUGCAUGCCACUGACACUGACCCUAGCUCACAGCCUUAACAAACGUCUAACAGACUGCAGGAAGAGAGGAAUCCUGCCCUGGCUCCGACCUGACACUAAAACUCAGGUGACAAUAGAGUAUUUCGAUGAUAACGGAGACAUCAGACCGGUGAGAAUCCACACAGUGGUGCUGUCUACCCAGCAUGAUGCUCAAAUUACGCAGGUUCAACUGAGGAAUGACAUCAUGGAGCAUGUUGUCAAGGUGGUGCUGCCAGAACAUCUGCUGGACGAUGACACAGUUUAUCACAUCAACCCCUCUGGUUCCUUCGUCGUCGGAGGCCCUUGCGGAGAUGCUGGUUUGACCGGACGUAAGAUUAUCGUGGACACAUACGGAGGUUGGGGAGCACACGGGGGCGGCGCUUUCUCUGGCAAAGAUCCAACUAAAGUUGACCGGAGUGCUGCAUACGCUGCCAGAUGGGUCGCCAAGUCACUGGUCAAGGCUGGAGUCUGCAGACGAGUUCUCGUACAGGUAUCAUACGCUAUUGGUAUUGCUCUCCCUCUCUCUGUGUCCAUAUUCGCCUAUGGAACCUGCAAAUACACAGAAUCUCAGCUGUUACAGAUUGUUCAAGCUAACUUUGAUCUCUCUGCUGGAAAUAUUGUCAAGGAGCUUGAUUUGAGGCGGCCGAUCUACAGACAAACUGCAAAGUACGGUCACUUCGGUAACCCAGAAUUCUCCUGGGAACAGCCUAAAGACAUCAGCAUCCCCGAAAAUCUAUGCUGAAAACCUUACCGUCUAAUAUGACUGACAAUGUAGUUUUUAUUAAAGCAGUUUUGUUUGACCCUAAAAUCGGGUCCGCUUCGACAUGAGGUCAUAAACAUAUGAUUUAGAAGUAAAAUUUUUAUUGGAAGUUUUAAUGCCGAACAUGUUUUUAAUCAAUGACAUAUUUUUAUUUAGUACAGAUAGGCGAGAUAGUAAGAUUUAAUUUAUUAGCACUUUCUGAGUUUGAGAUGAUUUCAGACCAAGUUAAUAGAUUCUGAAAUUUGUUCAGAUGGAAUUCAGUCGAUUAGGAUCCUUCCUGUUUUGUCUACGUGAUAUGUAGUAGUGUUGUUAGACUAAUAGUGAUAGG